AUGUCUCUUUGCAAAGCUUGCGAGGAGCCAUUGGUGCUGUCUCUGCACCCUGAAGAGGACGUGGAUGAUGAGCCUGGAAUGUCCAGCGGCGCAGGCCCCAGCACUGCCUCGGAUUCAUCAGUUCCUGAUGAUCUCGAACUACCCUGCGGCUGUCAUUUCCAUUGGCAAUGCUUGUUGGACCAGUCUUCUGACAUAGCUCUCUCUCUCAAGUGCCCCAGAUGUAGCACUUAUCUUCCUGUCAACGGUGAAGGACCUUCAGUGACCAACCCGUUCUUCUCUGCACCCCCUGGCACUAGUAUAUUCACAAAAUAUACAAACGAGGGAGGUGUCCAAGAGAGACUGGACAUUCUACCAUCCAUCACAGAGGAGGCAUAUCUCGAGAGUUACCCCGAGGCACGCCCGGCUCGUGCGCUGCAUGUUAUGUGUGCAGAAGGUGAUGUUGGUGGAAUCGUGGAACUACUACGUGAUGCUGGCGACGAGGUUGGUGACAUGGCAUCACUCGUGACAUAUCAGGAUCCUCUUGGAGACAUGAAGAGUGGUCUGCAUCUUGCAGUCGAGAACGCCCAAGAGGAAUCGCUCUGGCUUUUGCUUUGGUUGUGCUCUACUAUCCCUAGUUCUUCGUUCCCGGAUCAUGCUCGCUCAGUCGCUGAAGCUGUAGGUGUUGGCCGUUUAUCAGUGAACAGCGAGAAGGACAUUCGUGGAUUGCGAGACAGCCAGGGCAGGACAGCCGCGGACUUGGCACAACAGCAGCAGGGUCAGUGGGGAUCGAUACUUGAGACAGGUCUUCUAUCUCUAUAA